AUGGACUCCGUCAAAGCCAAAGACGUCCCCCAAACUUCCAAAGACACCAAACCCAUGACCAGCGUCGAAGAAUACCAACGUCGAUGGGCACAACUCAUGGACGACACAGCCAAGCAGAUCCAAAAGAUUCGAGGUGCGCAAACCCGAUCCUCCCGAAACCCUGACAUGAAGAACAAGCCCGGAAGUCCAGCCCGGCCUCGAAUCGAUGAUAUCCGCGCGCCCUUGCGCGAACGGUUGAGAAAAGCCCUGCGGCUUUAA